UUUAGGGCACGCGUCAAUACGAUGACGAGCGCAUUUACUGAAGGUGUAAAAGGGUACAUUCACAUGAGAAGCUUUGCGAUCAAUAUUGGCAUUCAUGCCACACCUUUUUUUAAAAUCAGGUAUUCCAGGUUUGCUUGUGGGGUCCAUCGCUCUGUCUAACAUAGAUCAGCUUAAUGUUUAGCUCAAGAUACACACAUAUACAGACACACACACACACACACACACGUGCACAAAGGAUUAAAAAGCCACACGGAAACACAUACGUUGCCUGAGGAUGGAGGCGAGAAUUCUACAUGAGAGGAGAACGCAAGGUGGUGGUCACUCAGCAGGACAUGUUGAAGACCGGGAAGAAGCAGAGCUUUCUGAGAGGGUCUCCACUUGUUCUCUCUCGGUUCUGGCUCGUCUCUAUGUGUAUGCAUUGCAUGGCUGCUUUUGUGAAGUGACUUUCACUGCUGUGUUGGACUGGUACAGCAUCCAGGACCAGAGGAUGAUGGGAUACAGCAGUCUUUGGGCGCUGCCAAUGUAUGCCACUGCAAUUUACCUCAUGGAGAGACUGAGAGGUUGGCUGCUGACUCAUCAUCAACCGCUGUCUGUGCGUCUGAUAAUCUACACGCUGUUCAUCUACUUAUGGGAGUUCAGCUGGGGGAGCGGGCUCAGGCUGUUGGGGGCUUGUCCCUGGGACUACUCGCAUUACAAAUACAAUCUGAGAGGACUGGUGACUCUGGAGUAUGCGUUACCUUGGGCUGUUGCAGCCUUCAUCGCUGAGCAACAUGUGAUCAAAAACACUCUCAGGAUAAGAAUGUGCAAUUGAACAGCUAUUGCUGCCAUCUAGAAAAAUGAGCUUCCAACAGCUGCUACCAACCAAAGAACUUAAAACGCAUUUUGGAACAAACCACAAACAAAAAAUAUUGUGAAACAUUUUUCUUUUUUAAUGAAGUGUGAUUUUGAGGACUUAACUUUCUACAUGUGAUUGGAUUCUAACUACAUUUGUGUCAUUAUUGUUCUAAAUAAAAAUAAAAAUAAGGGUCCUAGUCAAAGGUAGUUUUCUACAUUUUCAGCCAUUGUAACAAUGCAAACAGAACGUGAUUUUAUUAAAAAGUGAUUGUAUAAAUUGCAGAUCUUGAAAGUGAAUUCUUUGAACGCUGCAAGCAGUAAAAUUUUAUCACUGAAAAAGACAAGUUUGUAUUGUUUUGAGUAAGAUUACCGAAAUUUAGCACCAACAUUUUAACCAGAGUGAUAGUCCUGGUCCCAUUUGAUUAUCGAUGCUCGCACCUACAGUACACAGGACCAAUCUCAUUUUAUGACCAAGUUUUACAGAUUGAGACACAUUGAGCUAAUUCCAAAAGGUAUGCAAUUGUAAUUGUAUUUUCUAAUACAGUACAGUUAAAGCAACAAUAAGUAACUUUUCAGUUUUGGUCGAUUUUAGCGACGCCGGUGGACAAAAGCGGUGGUGUUAUCCCAUGAGGACCAGCGCACACUCGCACAGUGUCGUAAAAUCAUGAUUUCCCUGUCGCCUGCAGAUGGAUUAAACUACAUUUCUGUUUCCAGCGACUAUGUGAAGGAUAAAUAAUAAUAAGUUAAUGAAUCCGGUCAUCGCUAAAGAAUAGCAUAUGACGAUUAGCAACUGUGUGGCUAAGCCCCCCGCUCCCCCACCUCGUCAGCGUUGACCAGUUAAGUGUGUGUGUGUGUGUGUGUGGGGGGGGGGUGAGGCUCAGACCAGCGAGUGUAAAUCAGCCCAAUGUUCAUUCUUGAGUUUCCAGGUAGCCUCUCUUUUUUUCCCCCUCCUCGGACAAAACUUUUUGUCCCUUUUGUUGCUCUGCCAUCCUUGCAGAAUUCUGUCUUUAUAAUGAAUGGGGAAAGGGGGAAGUUACGUAUGCCGUAAAGCAGUCAGCACAUUUGUAGUUUUUUGUGUGGCAGGGUUCCUGCCAUCCCCCUCAAAGUUAAUUAGUGCUGGUGAAAGCGAUACAGACCCCCUCAAGAUUAAAAAGUGGUGUCAUUUAACUAGUUGUCAGUCGACAUAUCAUCACACAUAGACUUCAUAAUAUAUUGACAAGACACAGGGAGCGAGGCCGAUUCAUAGGAGGCCUAUCUCCGUCAAAGCUGACCGAGUGGAAACACAGACAAAGAGCUUUUUACAUUGAAAAUUCUUGUGAAUAAAUACCUGAAUUCUUUAAAGAUAAGAACGUAAAACAGUCUCGAUUCUUGGUUAAAAGCAAAAAAACGGGCCGUUAUCUUUUAUUUUACGUAAAUACGUCAAAUGUGAUGCUAGUCCGUAAGCCAAUGUGGCUGCCCCCUAAUCACAACAAAGAGCUUUUUACGUUGAAAAUUUUUGUCAAUAAAUCCCUGAAUUCUUUAUAGAUAUGAAAGUAAAACAGUCUUGAUUCUUGGUUAAAAGCAAAAAAAACCACGUGCCGUCAGCAUUUAUUUUACGUAAAUAUGUCAAAUGUGAUGCUAAUCCGUAAGCCAAUGUGGCUGCCCCUUUAUCACAACAAAGAGCUUUUUACAUUGAAAAUUCUUGUGAAUAAAUCCCUGAAUUCUUUAUCGUUAUGGCCGUAAAACAGUCUCAAUUCUUGGUUAAACGCAAAAAAACGGGCAGUUAGUAUUUAUUUUAUGUAAAUAUGUCGAAUGUGAAGCUAGUCCGUAAGCCAAUGUGGCGGCCCCCUAAUCACAACAAAGAGCUUUUUACGUUGAAAAUUCUUGUUAAUAAAUCCCUGAAUUCUUUAUAGAUAUGAAUGUAAAACAGUCUCGAUUCUUGGUUAAAAGCCAAA